ACUACCAAACAAAAAAGUGCACGGAAAGAUUGUGAAAUUCAGCAGAAAAUAAAAAUAACUAAAAAACUUAAUUCGUUGUGGAUUGUAAGAAUUUUAAAUACAAAAUUAAAUAAUUUAACUCUUAUUUUGUCAAAGAUUGUAAUAAUUGUAAACCGAAAAUGCCUGGCAUAGCUUCUCUUUCUAAAGGCGUCAUUCCUCGCAUUAUGGCUGGGGAGGAGGUCGAUUCGCCGGUUCUACAAAUCCUGUGUGCCAAACGAAUCAGAGAUUCUGACCGCUUGCGUUUAUUGAUCUCAGACAGUCAAUAUUUCAAUAGUUUUGCGAUGCUGGCGUCGCAAUUGAAUGUAACAUUUGGCGAUGGCAAACUUAAGGAUAACUCCAUUGUCAGAGUUGACAAGUACAUUACUUCCGUGGUUAAUAAAAGUGAUGCUGGAAAACGUGUUCUUAUUAUUCUGGAAAUGACCGUUUUAAAUUCUGGUGAUGAAGUACAGCAUAAGAUUGGUGAACCUAUCUCUUACACGGAAGCUUCACAGGAAAAAUCAGCUCCAAAGCCAGCUGCUGCAGCACCAGUUGCCAAAAAAGAAAGCUACACUAAUCACAAUAACAAUAAUAAUACUAUGGAUCAAACACUAAAUGCCGGCUUAACUCAUCCCAUUGCAAGCUUGAGUCCAUAUCAAAAUAAAUGGGUCAUUAAAGCUCGUGUUAUGUCAAAAUCGCAAAUACGUACUUGGAGUAAUGCUAAAGGAGAGGGCAAACUAUUUAACGUUGAUUUAAUGGACGAUUCUGGUGAGAUACGUGCUACGGCAUUCCGUGAACAAGUCGAUAAGUAUUACGAUUUUUUGGAAGUGGAUAAGGUAUAUUUCAUAUCCAAAUGCCAACUCAAGCCGGCCAAUAAACAAUAUUCGACACUCAAGAAUGAUUAUGAAAUGACAUUCUCAAGUGAUACAGUAAUACAAGCGUGUGAAGAUGAAGAUGAUACUGGUAUACCAGAGAUUAAGUACGACUUUGUACCCAUAUCCCAAGUAGCCAAUUUAGAACCAAAGGUCGCUGUUGACUGUGUUGGUGUGUGCAAAGAAGUUAGUGAUCUACAAGUAUUCACUUCAAAGAACACAAAUAAAGAAUUCAAAAAGCGCGAUUUGGUCUUGGUAGACACCAGUGAUGCUGCGGUUACCUUGACUAUAUGGGGUGAUGAUGCCGUCAAUUUUGAUGGUCAUGUUCAGCCCGUUAUACUCGUAAAGGGGGCUAGGGUCAGUGAAUUCAAUGGCGGCAAAACUUUAAGUUUAGGCAAUGGUUCUGUUAUGAAAAUAAAUCCAGAUAUUCCAGAGUGCCAUAAAUUGCGUGGAUGGUUUGAUAAUGGCGGUGGCGAAAAUAUUACAAAUUCUGUUUCGGCACGAACUGGUGCUGGUGGCGGAGGCUAUAGCACUGAAUGGCGUACAUUCCAUGAGGCUCGUAAUUUGGGUACUGGUGAUAAACCAGACUUUUUCCAAACUAAAGCAGUUGUACAUCUUAUAAAGAGUCAAAAUGCUUACUACAAAGCAUGCCCUCAACCCGAAUGUAAUAAAAAAGUUGUGGAUGAAAACAAUGGACAUUAUCGUUGCGAAAAAUGUAAUGCUGUAUUUCCCAACUUUAAAUAUAGACUUUUGGUUAAUAUGAGCAUUGGUGAUUGGACUUCAAAUCGUUGGGUUACAUGUUUCAGUGACUUGGCUGAACAGCUUUUGGGUCGCUCAGCUCAGGAAAUCGGUGAUGCCAUGGAUAACAAUCCCACUGAAGCAGAAGAAAUAUUCAGUUCCAUUAAUUUCCAAUCAUACAUGUUCAAAAUACGUUGUAAAGUCGAAACAUAUGGAGAUAUGUCUCGCAACAAACUGACAGUUCAGUCGGCCACCCCCAUUAACUACAAGGAAUACAAUAAAUAUUUGAUAAAUAAUUUGAAAGAAUUAACUGGUAUUAAUAAGGCCUAAUUUUAAGUAUUUUUCUAUUAUUAUAUAUGUUUGUAUCUUUUAUUUGAUGAAAUUUCAAGUAAUUUUUAUGUUUGUUAUUAUAUACAGGAAAUAAUCACAUUGCUAAAAUAAAAUAUAUCUUUAAAUUUAAUAUAUAA